UUUCCCAUAUAGACCUUUAAUAUAAUUUCAAGAAAAUGGCAGUGAAGAAGAAUCAAGAAAAUGUUGGGAUAUUAAAGAAAUUGCCAGUAUCUAAUAAGGUGUGUACAUUUGGAAGCAAUGUGAAGAAAAUAGGUGAAGAGGAUCCAAGAAAAUUAAUUCAUUCAAUUAAAGUUGGAUUGGCAAUUGCAUUGGUUUCAUUGUUUUAUUACUUUGAACCAUUGUUUAAUUAUGAAGGAUUUGGUGUUUCUUCUAUGUGGGCUGUUCUCACUGUUGUUGUUGUCUUCGAGUUUUCUGUUGGUGCUACACUUGGGAAAAGUGUUAAUAGAGGAAUAGCAACAUUUUUAGCUGGUUCAUUAGGUGUUGCAGCUCAUAAACUUGCAACCUUUUCAGGAUCAAACAAAUUGCAACCAAUAAUACUUGGAUUAUCUGUUUUCUCAGUAGCUUCGAUAGCAACGUUUAUGAGAUUCGUACCAAAGUUGAAAGCAAGAUAUGACUAUGGUCUACUCAUAUUCAUACUGACAUUCUCUAUGAUCUCUGUAUCGGGCUAUCGAGACCACGUGGUGCUCGAUAAGGCGAUUACACGAGUGACAACGAUACUCAUUGGAGGCGCGGCCGCGAUCGUGUUUAAUGUGGUUAUAUAUCCUGUGUGGGCUGGUGAAGAUCUUCAUAACUUAAUUGCCACAUAUAUUGAAGAUCUUGGAAUAUCCCUUGAAGGACAUGGAACUCAAUACUUCAAGAAAUUAAAUAUAAAGUCUGAAGAAGAACUAGAAAGAAUAUCUCUUGAGGAAUACAAAUGUGUUAUCAACUCAAAAGCUACUGAAGAAAAUCUGGUUAAUUUUGCUAAAUGGGAGCCACGUCAUGGCAAAUUCAAAUACAGACAUCCAUGGGAAGAAUAUUUGAAAAUUGGAAAUCUUGUUCGUAAAUGUGCCAAUAGCAUCAAUGCAUUGAACUCAGAUCUUAGCUCCUGCAAUAUGACACAAGAGGGAAGGAAAAAAAUUCAAGAACCAUGCACAAAGAUUUGCAUAGAGUGUGGUAGUGCAUUGAAGGAAAUAGCAUUGUCAAUGAAGACAAUGACUCUCUAUCCAACAAUUGAUUCAUAUAUUCUCAAAGCAAAGGCAUCAGCUGAAAAACUAAGAUCUAUAAUUAGAAGUGGUGGUUUAAUUGAAGAAGAUGAAUUGCAAAAGCUACUUCCAACAACAAGAAUUGCUUCACUUAUGUUAGAUUUAGUGUCUAAUUCAGUGGAAAUUGUGGAUUCUGUGAAUCAACUUGGUGGACUUAUGAAAUUCAAGAUUUUGUCAUCAAAACCAAAGAGAUUGGGAAGCAAGAGUAGAAUCCCAAGUGGGAGUAUUAGUGAAGCACAUCAUGUGGUUAAUGUUGAGUGAAUAAUAAGGUCAAUAUCGUUAUCUUCGAGGAUCAGUGACACACAGUUCGAAGUUCGAUAGAUGAAUAAUGGAUCUGCCCCUUGUAUAUACUCUUUUGCAAUGAUGUACUUUUAUUACUAGAUCAAUCAUCAAUGAUGUACUUUUAUUACUAGACCAAAGGCCGGGGGCUUAUUGUAAAAGGAAUGAGAUGGUAUGAAAUGAAAUAUAUAUUACGUA